CUCUUCCUUACGGCUGAGAGAUGAACCCCUUUAACUACCAAAGAUUCAAACAGUCAAAUCCUGACAGUCGGGGAGGUGGCCAUUUGCCCCUCGGGGAAAAGGCACAUUACGUUGAAGAUAUCGACGGGACCGCCAGUUUGUUUGUUGUUCUCGUUGCAUGAGCUCCCACUUCAGCCGGCGCGUCUUCUUUCCAUUGCUGGGUGGCAAAGAACAAUCCCACGAGGCUACCUCGGCAUCAAUCUCCCUAGAUCUUCAGGUUAUCCUGACCAGCAUCGUCGACAGCAUCUCUUCCCUCCAGACCUUCGAGUGAUUCACUGUCCCCAGCAUCAUCAUGGAACCGCUCCGGCACCUGGUCCUGCCAAGCCGACACAGUGUAGAGCAACACACGUUCACGCAACAUACGCCCACGCACGAACAGGUCCGCAAGGCCCAACGACAGGCAAGAGCUGUUCCGAAUGUUUGUCGCGUGCUUGUCAGAAUCAUAGCGCUGGCAGUCGCGGCGUCCAUUAUCGGCGUGCUCGCCCAUGCCGCGGCGGUAUGGUUCACAACCCGAAAUGUGGUGCAGCAGCAACCGAGCGGCAUGCGCCAGCGCGCGUGGCCGAAUCAUAUCGACGUCUGGCCAACCUGGGUGAUGCUCGGCGCUGCUGUCAUCGCGGUGAUUGUGCAGAUCCUUUCGCUGCUUACAUUCUGUGGAGGGGUCCGUCGGCUGCGUGAGACCCACCUGCACACCUGGGCCGUCUUCUUCACGUCCUUGCUUGGAAUCGCGGCGUGGGUUGCUGCAGCUGUGUACUUCAAAUGGCAGGAUAACGAGGGCAAGAAGAGCUGGGACUUGUGGUCCUGGUCGUGCACCCACAAGUCUCUCAAAAAUGGAAAGAUGUCCUUUGAGACCAUGUGCGUUGAAAUGAAAUACACCUUUUACGCUUCGAUUGUGGUCGCCGCUUUUGAAAUCGCAAGCUUGGCAAUCUUUGGGUAUACACUCGUGCGCCUUCGUAGAGAGGGACCUGGUUACAGUAAGAUCAAUGUGUCGCAUAUUUGAUUUUGUGAGGAGCGGGAGAGACGGGUGUCUGCAUGGACUCCUCUACGUGACACGUGAAGUUGGGAGGAGUUGAUGCGUCCAAGGAAGCAAGACGCACAUCGGCUCGCCGCAGCGUUAUGGAGUAAUGGCGAUUGUCCUGAAUAUAUUGAGUGGUAAUCGGGCAGUCAUGACGAGAUAGCCCAGGCGAGCCUCAGUGGUACGGUCAGCCCGGCUCUGACGUGCAAAGGGUUCCAUGGCUGGGAAAAGCAUCAAGACGCCGGAGAACCUGUGCAGAAACAUCGAGUAACUUCAAGGUUCGAGGCGGAUUGCCCAGCCUCCGGAGAUCUCUCAACCGAGGGUUUCUCAUAUGCGCAGCAUGUGAGAUCUGGAUGUUGUUUUGAAGAUUCGACUAUGGGUUCUCAAUGAAGAGAUGGUUGUGGUAUUGUUCUUGUGUGGUGACGGUGAUGGCGCCAGGACCCGAAGCAGGUGAAGGCACUGCAAAACUGCGACGCUGGCAUCGAAUGUUGCCUGCCAGAACCAAGGUGCGACGAAGUCGAGCGGCUAAAGGACAUUCUGAGGGUCCGAUGGAGCAAUCAUCUCAUAGACAUUCACGUUGCACCCCGAAGAGCCAUGAGUCCAAGAAUCUGGACCUCGAGGUUUUUGGUUUCAUCGACGACCUCGCUGCUGCUCGCCCCGGAGAUGCCAUUAACGGACUUGGCUGAGCGACCACCUGAGGUGGCAGAGUUGAGUUUAUAAAUCUUUCUGAUUCUGUCAAUGUCCG